AUGGAAGGCUCCAGUGAGACCGUGGCCGUGGCCGCUGCCAUCGAUCGCUGCGAUGAGGGCACGCUGCGGCGGCUCUUGCAGACAGUGAUUCGCAAGGUGCCGGAGUGCCGACGGAAGAUUGCCGAGGACGUUGGACUUAGCGCAGAGCUGUACCAAGUCUCAGAAGAGGAACGCCAAAAGGCCACAGCCGAUCAGUACAGCGAGAAGGUCAUUAGCGGCAAGACGGCGACGCGGACCUCUUCGGACGCGGUGGACUUCUGCGAACGCGCCAAGUUCGUGCCAAUGAGAUUGACCUACGAUGAGCGCAAGUACUUGAGACUUAUCGAUGCUACGAUGCAUGUCUCUCACUACACGGAUCACAUGGACACGGCGCAGAACGUCAACGCCAACGCAGCCCGAAAGCUUGCGUUCCACGGUACAUUACCAUUGGCGAAAGGUGACUCGGAGACGGCUUCGGACCCGGGAUCCAUGGGAUCCAUCGACGAGGAGAAACACGUGGACCUGGACCGCGAAGCCAAGCGCCGGGCGAAGGCUCACCCGGAGGAGUCAGAAGUUGAUUCCUCCGAAAGUGGUGACGAGGUGGAGCAGCGUCGUAAGCAAGCGGGGCGCACCGACGUGCUUGGAUUUCUGUCAAAAACACCUUACUCGAUUUCUGUGCUGUACAGGACAGACGUGCCCAUGGGACAGCAACGCAGCUUGUCCUGUGGAGACUUGCCCACCGUGUCGGUGGGCUUGGAGACGUCCCUUGAAGCAGCGAAAGUCGAGGCUAAAUCAGCGGUUUCGCCAGAGGUAGGGCCGCCAAAGCCCGAAGAUUUCGUUGAGGCAGCGGUCUGCAACCGUCAGGGUUGCAGUCCUUGCGUCUACUUCUUGAGCCAACACGGAUGUGAUAAGAGCUGCGGCUUUUGUCACCAGAUCCACACAUGCAAGAAGCCGCGGCCACGCAAACACUUGCGCGACAAGUACAAGCAGUUGGUGAAGCAAGCCCUCGCCUUGCAGGAACCUGAGCGUCACCGCAAGCUACAGACUUUAGCUCAAGAAGACAAGUACCUGCCGGUGGUGAUCAUUGGGAAGUUGAACCAGCUGUCCCUUGGAUUGGAGAUCGUUGGAGGAGGCCAGCUUGAGCACUUCCAGCUCCGGGCAGACUUUGCAGUGAGGUGUAUUGAUGGAGUGGGGCUCUUCUGUUUGAUUUGGGUCGUCACAACUGGUGUGCUAUUCUCCAUCCUCUACUUUAGCAUCUUUGCGCGGGCGUUCAACGUUGGGGAAGUUCUUCCAGGGAGGCAUCGCUGCGGUGCUGGAGCUGUAAAAUUCCGUCAACGCCGCUGCGAGGUGUCGAGGGCGUUCCGGUCGUCGGGUCGCGGGGCCAUGCUGUGGUUACUGCCCUUGGCAGCCCUGGCUGCAAGGCCGGCACCGGAGCGUGUGCUGCUGGUGGACUGCAACAAUGUCCGCGGCAAAGGCUGCGAAGGGCGCUUUGACCUUACAACGUCACAGUUUUUCUGCUGGUUGCAGCGCUGGGUUCUAGAGCGUGCAGCCGAAGAGAACUAUUCACAGGUCGUAGGCAUCUUCGACCACGGUCAGCGCUUCGGAGGUCUGCAGCCGCAGCCGUUGGAGCCGUUUGCGUCGCGGUUCAUGGUCACCUUUGCCGGCCAAGAACUUUUGGCAGACGAUGUCCUGCAUGCCUUUGCCAGGCAUUUGGGCUCCUCAAAGCUGGUGGUCGCGGUGACCAGCGACCGGGCGCUGCGGCGCAACGCCGCUGCCGGCGGGGAAGAGACGCCCCGGGCGCAGUGGCGCCGCUUCCGCGCUUCAACGCGCGGCUUCUCUCUUUGGGUGAGUUUGUUGCACAGUCGAGCCUUCCUGGACCUUUUGUCCUCGGUUCCCCGGCCCAGCAUGACGUCCGGAGACGGAGCUGAAACGCGAUACGCGCUGCACCCGCUGCACCGUGAGGAGCUCCGACUUCGCGGUGGAGUCCCACGAGUCCGGCUGGGCUCGGAGAGCAGGGCUCUUCGGAGCCUGGCGGCUGGACAGCUGCAAGGGCUGUUGGAGGCAGAUCCGCAGGCGUUGCCCUUGCCAGAGGAGUUGCAGCAAGUGCUCGCCCAGCUGGAAAAAUGCCUCAAAAUGCCGUUGACGUUGACGUUUUGGUUACAAAUGAAGCAGCUCUGUGCAGUGCUCACUGGAAUGCAGGUCUCACAUAACUACGAGCAAGGGCAGCAGCUCCUGCAGAGUCGCGAAUUCAGUACCAGGAAAGCGUUCUUCCAGACCGUCCUGGAAAUCGGGCGUCGCUACAAGAUUUUGAACCCCGAGCGCAUGCGUGACUCCUACGGGAAGCUCAUGUACUUCUUGCAGGACUCUCGAAAACCUGACGUCCGCGAUUUGCUGGAGUUUGAUAUCGUCUCGGGCGUUCGCUCAGUUUGGGACGUCUUGAAGCGAUCGCCCAAGGGCGCCGAACUCUUGGAGGACCCUCAGCUGAAGACUGCCACGAUGGAAAUCAUGAGCGAGGGCAAAAGUCGGAGCCAGGUGCAACGCGAGAUCAAGCAGAAAGAGGCAGCCAUCAAGCACCUGAGCUCCAAGUAUUGCUCGGUGGCACGGCGCCGCAAGCGUCAUUAUGGUGGCAUCUAUUCCACCUGGAGUCUUCUACGAUCGAGCUACCGAGAUUCCGAUUCGGAGGAGGGCAACGAUGGCGAUGAGCUUUCCGAGGAUGUGGUGGAGCAAUGUAUCUACUCCUUAGGCGAGGGCAAGGAGACGAGGGAAUUGGAUUCCAAGGCUGUGCAGCCUGCAGUUCCCUCUGCGGUGACCAGCUUCACAGGGGGUCUACCCAUGGCUCAAGACCCAGCCUUCGACUUGCGACAGUCCUUUCGGAAGUUCCCAUUGCAUCGCCAGGUACAACUGGGUUUGAUGAAGAUGGGCUUGUCCGUGCCCACGCGUGUACAAGACAUGACCUUGCCCAUGCUGCUGGAAGGGAUCUCCACCUUCAUCCUGGCUCAGACGGGCACAGGGAAGACGCUGGCCUAUGUCUUGCCCAUUGUGCACAAGUUGUUGACCACCAACACCGAAGGCUUCUUCCCCAAGAGCCAGAAGCCACGCGCGAUCAUCGUGCAGCCCACGAGGGAGUUAGCGCUGCAGACCAUCAAAGUGGUCCGCAACUUCCCUGUGAGAUCCGUGGUGUGCGCGCCGAGUUGUUCCUUCAUCAAGGAAUCACAAGCCCUGCACGCAGGAGUCGAUGUGGUGGUGGCGACGCCCUUCCGCUUGACGCUGCAUUUGGGGAAGGGCAACAUGUAUCUCAACGAGGCGCAACAAUCGUGUGGGCGGAAAAGACGAGAUGAUGACUAUGACAUUAGAUGA